CAGAAGAAGAAGAAAGGAGAAACUGUCAUGCUGCCCUCCAGGAACAGAUAGAGGAAUGUUUGCCCUUUCUAAUUGUCGCCUGUUUCUACGGGCUCUUCCCAGGCAGUCAGUCACACCUAAGGCUACAGCAACACAAUGCAUCAGAGGUCUAACAACAUCUUCGCAAGACACUCCGAAAAAGGAUGAUAUGCCCAUCAAAAUGGAAAACCCAUACAAGCAACCUCAGAAAACUUGCAUUCUAUGCAAUAUAUCCGUAGACUGCAAAAAUGUUCAGCUGUUGUCUCAGUUCAUUUCACCACACACAGGCAGAGUAUAUGGAAGGCACCUAACAGGCUUGUGUGGUCGAAAACAAAAGGAGGUAUCAAAGGCAAUAAAGAAAGCUCGCUCAAUGGGUUACAUGUCAGUCACACUCAAGGAUCCACAGUUUAUGAAAGACCCUGACAUUUGUGGCACGAGACAGUUUGAGUAGAUUGUUAUUCUGGAUUAAAAUGUUUGAAGCAAAUAUGUGAAGCCUAUGACUUUAUCAUCACUAAUCUGACUAACCGCAGGCCUGGAUUGGUAAAAGGGUCACAUUUAAAGGUGUCUGUAACUGUUGUUUGUAAAAACACAAAAUUCUAAUAAAAAUAAACUGAAAUGUCAACCACAA